GGUCACAGGCAUGAUUGGGACACAUGCGGCUUUCCGAAAGGCUGUCACAAAAUCGGUGACGGAGGCCGGGAAUGGAAAACGUACGUCCCUGGGACGAAGGAGGAGAUGUGAGAAUCAUUCUUGUUGAUCAUCUGAGACGAGGGGAAAAAGCGGUUCAGAGGACAAGGCAGAAAAUAUCUGUAACGGGUUUGGCGUUCCAUCAAAAUGGUGGGAAAGGACACCUCUCACUUGCAGCUAUGUUAGGCGUCUGCCUCUCUGGAACUGCUCACUGCUCAUCUUCCUGUUCCGUGUUCUUUUUUGACUGACUUUGGGGCUGUAAAAACGGUGGGAAACCCCCAGUUCCACUUGUCUUUGGGAAGGCCGAGGGCUGAACCAUGACGCCGUCAAGAGAAAUAUCCCACAACAGGACGCUUUCUGUAGGGAAUACAGCUUUACGGACUGUCCAAUGAAGCAAAGGUUUUUCUUCACCAUCUGAGUAGGAAGUAUCCUCAUCUUUGGGAAAGGUAUACCCUCUAUCUAGUUAAGUGAACCUGUAGGGAGAAAAGGGUGUGCAGAGAUCCGGGGGUCCAACUUCCAUAGACCAGGAUGGAGAAACCAGCGUGCGGCGUGGGACCACCUGACCCAACAAAUCCCAGCCUCUUCAUUAAAAUGUUCGUCAUUCUCCUGUUUUGUAGGCAUGCUCAUUCCCACUGCAAGAUUUUGCGCUGCAACUCUGCCUUCCUGGCUGCCACUGAGAACCUGCACGGUCCCGACGAGAACGCGGCCUACUGCAACGCCUUGCGCUCCUACUCCAGCUGCACGCGGAGGACGGCUCGGACCUGCCGGGGGAACCUGGCGUACCACUCUGCCGUCUACGGCAUCGAGGACCUCAUGAUCCAGAACAAUUGCUCCAAGGUGGGUCCAACGUCCCCGCCCGGGCCUCCUGCGCCGGCCCCCGACCAAGAAGGCCUGGCUUCCUCGGACGUCUGUGACUACGAGAAGAGUUUUGCCCGCAAGCAGGGCCGGCUGCCCGCGUACCAGCACUGCGCCACCUUUGGGGUGUCCCACCUGCGGACUUUCCGGGACGAAUUCCACACCUGCCGCGUGGAGGGCUCCUGGCCGCUUUUGGACAACAACUACCUGUUUGUGCAGGCCACUAGCGGUCCCAUAGUCACGUGGUCAAAUGCUACUGCUACUAGCAAGCUCACCAUCAUCUUUAAGAACAUGCAAGAGUGCAUUGACGAGAAGGUCUACCAGGCCGAGACGGACAAUCUGCCGGCCGCGUUUGUGGACGGAUCCGUGAAGGGCGGCGAGAGGCCUGGGGGGAGCAGCUUGGCCAUCCACGAGCACAGCGCCCAGCAGCACGUGGAGAUCCGAGCGGCCUACAUUGGCACCACCAUCGCCGUGCGCCAGGUGGGCAGGCACCUGUCCUUCUCCAUCCGGGCUGCUGAGGAGGUGGCCCUUUCCUUCACCGACGAGCAGGACUUGCAGCUGUGCGUGUGGGGCUGCCCCCUCGGCCGACGUCUCUCUCGGAGUCAGUCUCGCCCCAGCCAGGGCAACGUCGCCAGGGAGAGGGCCCGCCUGCUGUGCAAGGAGAAACUGCCAGUAGAGGACGUCUACUUCCAGUCCUGCGUCUUUGACGUGGUGACCUCGGGGGAUGCUAAUUCCACUCAGGCUGCGCACGGCGCGUUGGAAGAUGCCAGGGCGUUCCAUCAGGAUGCCAGGCGGCUUCACGUUUUCCAGACGGAGACAGCCUCUCACCCUUGCUGCUCCCCUGUCCUCCUCUUCACAUCAGUCACUUGGGUACUUCAGUUGCACUUUUGAAAAAGCCUCUCUCUCUUCGUUCACUGAAAAAGCAGCCAGGCUUUUUUCUGACCUCUUUUUCUUAACCGGUGAUUCACAACGAACCCAGAGCUUUAAAAGUACUGACGAACGAGCUGUCCUCAAAAUUAGCUCCAUUUCUUCCAAGCCUGCAAGAGAUUUAUUUUUAUUUAUUUAACUUAGAGUUUCUCUGGCUGCAGAUGCGCCUGCGGUAUCUCCCCUUGACAGCCCUUCCAGAUGGUCUCCCUCCCCACUUAUCAAACAAAUUUACCAUUGCAAAGUGGUGGUCUCUCUGUUGCGUCUGAUCAAACAGGCUGCGCAGGUUUUCGCAACAUCACAAAAACCUGCGCAACCUGUUUAACCAGAGGCAAAAGUGGGAGGGGUAUAUAGCAUGGGC